CACAUUUUACGGCCUUUAAUGUUGCAGUUUUGCGUUAAAACACCCAACCGGUUUGUUGUUGUUUCUUCUGCUGGCCAACGCACAAACGCUCACACAAUUGGGAAUCUGCCAAAACUGUUGCAAGACAUCGCAAUCUGAAAAUAUCCCCAAUCAUAAGCGACGAGACUUUAUGCGAACGAACACUUUGUUUGGAUAGUUUAGUGAUCAUUUUCGAUAGAAUCAUAUUUGAUAAUGAGACAAGUCUUAUUCGGGCGCAAACAUCCGCGUUGUUGCGUAAAAUCCACGAUCCGGUGCCACGCGUUCCUCGCCUUACCUGGACUCCAUCCACUGUGCAUAGAUAUUACGAUGAUCCGAUUAUCUCGAGGUACAGUACCAAUAAUUACAUCCAAAGAACGAUCGUUAGUUCUCCGGUAAACUCGAGAGUUAGUUAUACGACUUACUAUUCUGAGCCAGUGAGAAAGUACAUUGUUGCCCUGUCCCCAGCGCGGCCAACACGUAAAUUUGGGUCGAAGAAUGCCACGGAAGAAGACAAGAAGCAAGACGAGGAGAUGAGGAAGCUGCGUGAAGCCCGCGAAGCACGACUGGCCUUCAUCAACGAAGAAGAAAAGCGCGAUCGCGUUUCCGCUUCAAAAGAAGUGGACGAUGCCGUCAAAGCGAAGAAGGAAAAGGAGGAAGCAGCCAGGUUAGCUGAAGAAAGAGCGCUAGCUGAAGAACAAGCCCGACAGCAGGCGCUAGCCAAAGAAGAAUCUAGGAAAGCGGAAAUAGCCAGACAAGAAGAACUAGCGGCUCAGGCCGCAGCCGAGAGAGCGGCUGAUCUGGAGAAGCAAGCAGAAGCAGCCAGACAAAAAGAGGCGAAAAAACAGGCUGACGCUGAGCGCAAGCGACAGGAAGAAGCGGAAAAGGCGCGCUUGGAAGAGCAAAAGCGAGCCGAAGAAGCCAAAGCAGAAGAGGCUCUGCAGGCGCAAUUGCGACUGGAAGAAAUAGCGCGCAAAGCCGAAGAGGAGCGAGAGGCUGAGCUCGCGCGACAAGCCGAAGAGCUUGCCGAACUGGCGAGACAGGAAGCGGAACUAGCCGAGCAGGCGCUGCGUGAAGCUGAAGAAGAGGAGCAACGGCGCCAAGAAGCUGAACUCGAAGAUCUGCGCCGCCAGGAGGCGGAGCUUGCUGAACUGGAGCGACAGCAACAGGAAGAAGCUGAAGAGGCAGCAAAAGAGGAAGACGCAGAGGCUGCCAAGCGCCAAGCGGAACUAGAAGAGUUGGAGCGGCAACAAGCUGAGCUUGAGGAACUCGAACGAGCUCAGGCUGAACUGGACGCUUUGGAGGCAGACGCCAAAGCGCUGGAAUCCGACUUGGGACCUCCCCCAGCUCUGGAACCCGAGCCGGAGAUUGACGAAGCGGAAUUGGCUCGGCAGGCCGAGCUGGAGGAACUGCGCCGACAAGAAGAAGAACUGGCCGAGCUGGAACGCGCCCAAGCCGAACUGGACGCUUUGGAAGAGGAAGCCAGAGCUAUGGAGUCCGAUUUGGGACCUCCGCCGGCAGCUGACCAGAAUGAAGACGACGAAGAUGAUCAAGCCAUCGCGGAAGGCGCACAGUCCGAUGAGGGCGAAGAGUGACCCAAUCUUCAACUAUGCUAUAAUCAGUUUUUUUUUAUUUGGCUUGAAACACAGCGCGCAUUUGUUGCAUUUUUCAUGUACAUAGUUAUGGUCGUCUUUGUUCAAGAAUAAAUAACCCUGUUGUGUUGUA